AUGUUUGCCUCUUCCAAAACCAAUAUGAAUGCAAAUACAUCAAUUAGUGAUGACUGUGAUGAUAUUAUUCAUACAGAUGAUGAAAUGAAUAACCAACAAGUAAAGUUUUUAUCCCAACAAUUACGAUUCUUUCUAAUUACUUUGUUAACAUUUCGCAACACAACAACAAAAGAUAUUGCUUACAUAUGUGUUGCGCCGGACAAUGAUUAUAUAUGUUCAAUGACAAAAGUUUACUUUCGUGAAUUUUCAACACAUUACGAAUUAUGCCGUCUUGGUGUUCAUCGACCAUUAUUAAAAUGGUUUCGAGAUAACGGAUUAUUAAGAAUAAAUAGUGCAUCGACCUUCUCUUCUCAAAAUAGUGACUCAUCAUCAUCCACAACAACGACGAUGUCGAAUGUACCGACAUCAUCUAUUCCUGUUGACCAAUGGUUUACUGAUAAUGAAACACAUCCAGUUGGCGCAAGAUUAAAAUUGUAUGCUCAGACAUUGAAAGCAAAUUUACAGCAUCUACUUCAAACUCAAACUCUUGAUCAUACACUUCAUGAAGAAGCACCAAAGCGUGAAGUAUUUCGUGCUCCAAAUGAUAUUUCUUCGAAUACAUCGACCACACCGUCAUCAGUUGAAAUGAAUAGUGGUAAUGACAUUGGUCUUUCAGCCCCAUCUUCAUCUCCUUCAUCAGCCGAUAAAUCAAAUGUGAAUUUAUAUGCCAAUUUCAAUUCUUCAUCCAAUGCUAUUACCGGUGGACUUGGUGAUAGUAUGAACAAUAAUCUCAUGAACAGUGCCAUUGAUCCUCAUGAUUUACUAGCAUUUGAUAGUUUACAACAAGGUCGAAUAACAAAUGAUGACCAACUCUUCAUUGUUUUAUAUAUUAUUGACACAUUUCUUUAUGAUUUUAUUGAUGAUAGUAAUUCGAAUCAAGAUAAUGAUGAAUUAGAAUGUCAUGUAAAGAAGGGUGUACUCAUGCAAUUAUAUACACUAGCGUACAUAUUAUCACCAAAAUCUGAUUUUUGGUAUAAAUCACUUUCUGAUCCAAAUGAAAUAUCGAAGAAUGACUGUGUAUUAUUUUGUUCAUAUUGUUUAUCUGAUGAUCAACGUUAUUUAUUAGUUAGUUGUUCAAAUGAUAGAGGAGAGUUAUUAGAAACAUGUUCAAUCAAUAUUGAAAUACCCGACAGACAUCGACGAAAAAUACAGCAUGCUCGACAUAUUGGUUUACAAAAAUUAUGGAAUUUCAUUAUGCGUAUAAUAACAAGUACUACCAUGCCUUGGAAAAUUGUUAUUGGACGACUUGGACGAUUAGGAUACGGCGAAGGAAAAAGCUGA